GCUCGUACCUGCUUCGUAUGAUGAACCUAUUCCUUGGCGAGGAGGUGUUCAGACAGGGUGUAUCCAACUACCUGAAGGCUCAUCGCUACUCGAAUGCUGAACAGGAUGACCUGUGGGCGGCGCUCACCGACCAGGCGCACAAGGCGGGAUCACUGGACAAGGCGCUCACUGUCAAGGAGAUCAUGGACACCUGGACGCUGCAGACCGGAUAUCCGGUCGUCACUGUAACUAGGGACUAUGAGAAGGGUGCUGCUACUGUGUCACAGAACGCUACCUGGCGGAAACUGACCGGCCGCGACUUGGAGAAGGAGAAGUCGUGCUGGUGGGUGCCGCUGAGCUACACGACCCGCAAGGAGGCCGACUUCAACGAGACCAAGCCCAAGCUGUGGCUCAACUGCAAGGAGGAUGCCGAGAUUCACGACAUCGGAGCCAAGGAUGAGUGGGUUGUCUUCAACACAAGGCUGCUGGUCA